AUGCCAACUCCAAAAAAGAAGAAUGCUUCUGAACAAUAUCAGAAAUUAUCCCAAUUGGAACAUAUCUUGAAAAGACCAGAUACUUAUAUCGGUUCCACUGAACAUCAAGAAUCUGUAUUAUGGAUUUAUGAUGAAGCUUCUGAAUUAAUGAAGGAAAAAAAUGUUAAAAUUGUUCCCGGUUUAUUUAAAAUCUUUGAUGAAAUCUUGGUUAAUGCUGCUGAUAAUAAAAUCCGUGAUCCAUCAAUGAAAAAAAUUGAAGUCAGAAUUGAUCCUGAAGAAAAUAUUAUUGAAAUUAAAAAUGAUGGUCGUGGUAUUCCAAUUGAAAUGCAUGAAAAAGAAGGUAUUUAUAUCCCUGAAUUAAUCUUUGGUAACUUGUUAACUUCAUCAAAUUAUGAUGAUGAUGAAAAAAAAGUUGUUGGUGGUAGAAAUGGGUUUGGUGCUAAACUAUGUAACAUUUUUUCCACUGAAUUUACUGUGGAAACUGCUGAUAAAAACAGUAAAAAAAUUUAUACCCAAACUUGGAAAAACAAUAUGUCAAUUGCUGGUAAACCAAGUAUUAAAACUAUGAAAAAAUUACAAGAGUAUACCAAAAUUUCAUUCAAACCUGAUUUAGCUAAAUUUCAUAUGGAUAAAUUAGAUGAUGAUACCCUUGGUGUUUUACGUCGUCGUGUUUAUGAUAUUGCAGGUACCGUUAGAGAUAUCAAUGUUUCAUUAAAUGGGACAACAUUGAAAAUUAGAUCUUUUAAAAAUUAUGUUGAAAUGUAUGUUAAAGCUCUUGAAGCUAAAAGACUGGCAGAAGGUGAAAUUACUGAAGAAGAAGCUCAAAAGAAACCUCAAUUAGUUUAUAAAAAAAUUGAUGAUCCAAAAUCAAAAGGUCGUUGGGAAAUUGCCUUUGGUGUCUCUGAUACCUCUUUUAACCAAAUUUCUUUUGUCAAUUCAAUUGCUACAACUUCUGGUGGUACUCAUGUCUCUUAUGUUUCUGAUCAAAUUGUUGAUAAAAUUGGUGAAGUUUUAAAGAAAAAACAUAAGAAUUCAAAUGUUAAACCAUUUCAAAUUAGAAAUAAUAUGUUUAUAUUCAUCAACUGUUUAAUUGAAAAUCCAGCAUUUACAUCUCAAACAAAAGAACAAAUGAGUACAAGAAGACAACAAUUUGGUUCUGAUAUUAAAGUUCCAGAUGAUUUCAUCAAUUCUGUUUUGAAAACUGAAUUCAUCUCCAAAAUUUUGGAUGUUGCACAAGCUAAUGCUGAUAAAGCUUUGAAAAGAACUGAUGGUUCAAAAAAAUCAAGAAUUACAAAUCAUCCAAAAUUAGAAGAUGCCAAUAAAGCAGGUACCAAGGAAGGUUAUAAAUGUACUUUAAUUUUAACAGAAGGUGAUUCUGCCCUUUCAUUAGCUGUUGCAGGUCUUGCAGUGGUUGGUAGAGAUUAUUAUGGUUGUUUCCCAUUAAGAGGUAAAAUGCUUAAUGUUCGUGAUGCAAGUAAUGAUCAAAUUACCAAAAAUGCUGAAAUUCAAGCUAUUAAACAAAUUAUGGGUUUACAACACAAGAAGAAGUAUGAAGAUACUAAAUCUUUAAGAUAUGGUCGUAUUAUGAUCAUGACAGAUCAAGAUACUGAUGGUUCCCAUAUUAAAGGUUUGAUUAUUAAUUUCUUGGAAACUUCAUUCCCUGGGUUAUUAAACAUCCCAGGAUUUUUGUUAGAAUUCAUUACCCCAAUUGUUAAAGUUACAAUUACAAAACCAAGAAAGGAAGUUUUAGCAUUUUAUAACAUGCCAGAAUAUGAAGCUUGGAUUGAAAAUGAAUCUCAUCAAUAUACUUGGUCUCAUAAGUAUUAUAAAGGUUUGGGUACUUCUUCUCAAGAAGAAGGUCGUGAAUAUUUCUCAGAUCUUGAAAGACAUAUGAAAAGUUUCAAUGCCUUGGAAGAUGAGGAUAAAGGUUUAAUUGAUUUGGCGUUUUCAAAGAAAAAAGCAGAUAAUCGUAAAGAAUGGUUAAGAAAUUUCGUUCCAGGUACCCAUUUGGAUGUUGAUUUGAGUGAAAUUCCAAUCAGUGAUUUCAUCAACAAGGAAUUAAUUUUAUUUUCAAUGGCUGAUAAUAUUAGAUCUAUCCCUUCAGUCCUUGAUGGGUUUAAACCAGGUCAAAGAAAAAUUCUAUAUGGUUCUUUCAAACGUAACUUGAAAUCAGAUAUUAAAGUUGCCCAAUUGGCUGGUUAUAUUUCUGAACACACAGGUUAUCAUCAUGGUGAACAAUCUUUAGUCAUGACUAUUGUUGGGUUGGCUCAAGAUUUCGUUGGUUCAAAUAACAUCAAUCUAUUGAAACCAAAUGGUUCUUUCGGUACAAGAAAUAUGGGUGGUAAAGAUGCUUCAGCUGCGAGAUAUAUUUACACUGAAUUAUCCACAAUCACUAGAAAAAUAUUCAAUCCUUCAGAUGAUCCAUUAUAUACUUAUGAACAAGAUGAUGGUGAAAAUGUUGAACCAACUUGGUAUCUACCUGUUAUUCCAAUGGUUUUAGUUAAUGGUGCAGAAGGUAUUGGUACUGGUUGGAGUACUAAUGUUCCUCAAUUCAACCCAGAAGAUUUGGUGGAAAAUAUGAGAAGAUUGAUGAAUAAUGAAGAAUUAAUGGAUAUGCAUCCUUGGUAUAAAGGUUGGGAAGGUCAAAUUCAAAAAAUAGGUCCUGAUAAAUAUAAAGUGUUUGGUAAGAUUGAACAAUUAGAUGCCAAUACUUUAGCUAUUACUGAGUUACCUGUUAAGGUUUGGACUUCAUCCAUCAAGGAACAUUUAUUAUUAGGUCUUUCAGGUAGUGAUAAAGUUAAACCAUGGAUCAAAGAUAUGCAAGAACAACAUGGUCUUGGUAUUAGAUUCAUUGUUACUUUAAGUGAUGCUGAAAUGCAAAAAAGUAAAGAAAUUGGUCUUUAUGAAAGAUUCAAAUUAUCUGCCGUUAUCAAUUUAUCAAAUAUGGUUUUAUUUGAUACUCAAUGUCGUAUCAAGAAAUAUGAAACCGUCAAUGAAAUUUUAAGAGAUUUCUAUUUCAUCAGAUUAGAUUAUUAUCAACGUCGUAAAGAUAAUUUAGCAAAAGAGCUGUCAAAUCAAUUAGAAAGGCUAUCAAGUCAAGCAAGAUUCAUCAAAUUGAUUAUUGAUAAGAAAUUGAACAUCAACAAUAGAAAAAGAGUUGAUUUAAUUGAAGAAUUACAAGAGUUGAACUUUCCAAAAUUCGAUAAAAAGGGUAAUCCAAUUUUCAUCAAAAAGGAUCCAGAAGAUAUUACUCAUGAUGAAAUUGUUGCUGAUGAAGAUCAAGAUGCUGAAGUUGACCCUGAUGCUUCAACUGCUGUUCAUGUUAGAGAAAAUGUCUUUUCAAGUUAUGACUAUCUUUUAGGUUUGCCAAUUUGGUCUUUGACUCGUGAAAGAUAUGAAAAAUUAUUACAGCAACAAGCUAAUAAGGAAGAUGAAUUAACUGAAUUGUUGAAAUUGACUGCUAAAGAUUUAUGGAACAAUGAUUUAGAUGAUUUCUUGGCCUCAUGGAAACAAUUUUUGAAAGAUGAUCACAUCAAGAGAACUACUUUAAUUGCUCCAAAGAAAGGUAAAGGCCGUAAGAGAGCUGCAGCUGAUGAUGAUGACUGGAGUUCUGGUCCAAAGAACAAGAAGAAAAAGAAGGAUGAUCCUAAGCUUGAUAACAGAAAAGGUGAAUUGAUUCCAAUUCCUGAUUAUGUUGCACCAAAGACCAGAGUCAAGAAGGAAACUACACCAAAAGUUGAAGAAAUCAAAGAGGAAUCUAGCACAGCUUCGUCAAGUGUUCCACCAAAGUCUGAUAAAGAUGUCUUUGAUUUAGAUGCUGAUGAACUGUCUGCUGAUAUGGAUGGAUUUAUUGGUAAAUUUGGUACUGCUACUAGUGCAUUUGAUAAGAAAGAUACUAGUAAAUCAUCAAGCACUGAAGAUAUCAUUGAAAUUGAUGAUGAAAGUGAUGAAGAACCAGUCAAAAAGGCACCAAAGAAAGCUGCUGCUAAAAAAGUCAUCAAUAAGACUGUCUCAAAACCAGCUCCAAAGAAGAGAGCCACUAAAAAAAUAGAAUCGGAUUCUGAAGAAGAUAUCAGUAUGAUUGAUCCUGUUUCCGAAGAAGAGGAAGAAGUUUCAGUUGCACCAAAGAAGAGAUCAACUCGUGGUGCUAAGAAAAGUUAUAAAGUGGUUGAAUCUGAUGAGGAGAGUUUUGAUGAAACUUUGGAUAACAGUGAAAGUAUUGUUAUUGAUGAUGAGAGUGAUGAAAGUUUCAGUGGGUAA